CCUUUAACGGCGGCGGCUCGUCGCUCCGCGGCCCCCGCGGCGGCUGCUGCUGCUACUGCGGCUUCUGCUGCCGCUGCCGCCGCCGCCGCCGCCGCCGCCGCCCGACCUCCGGCAGCUGCAUCCUCGGCCGGGCGGGGUCCCCACCCCGCGCCCCGCCAUGGUGUCCUGGAUCAUCUCUCGCCUGGUGGUGCUCAUCUUCGGCACCCUGUACCCAGCCUAUUCCUCCUACAAAGCUGUGAAGACAAAAAACGUGAAGGAAUAUGUGAAAUGGAUGAUGUACUGGAUCGUCUUUGCCUUCUUCACCACGGCUGAGACGCUCACAGACAUCGUGCUCUCCUGGUUCCCUUUCUAUUUCGAGCUCAAGAUUGCCUUUGUGAUAUGGCUGCUGUCCCCCUAUACCAAGGGCUCCAGUGUGCUCUACCGCAAGUUUGUGCACCCGACACUGUCCAACAAGGAGAAGGAGAUUGAUGAGUACAUUACACAGGCCCGAGACAAGAGCUAUGAGACUAUGAUGAGGGUGGGCAAGAGGGGCCUGAAUCUGGCCGCCAAUGCUGCCGUCACAGCUGCUGCCAAGGGCCAGGGGGUGCUGUCAGAGAAGCUCCGAAGCUUCAGCAUGCAAGACCUGACCCUGAUCCGAGACGAGGACACACUGCCCCUGCAGGGCCCUGACGGCCGCCUCCGCCCCAGCCCCAGCAGCCUUCUGGACACCAUUGAGGACCUAGGAGACGACCCCACCCUGAGUUUAAGGUCUGGCACAAACCAGGCAGAUUCCCGGACAGAGCCCUCUGAGGAUGAUGUGGGAGACAAGGCCCCCAAGAGGGCCAAAUCUGUCAAAAAAGUGCCCAAAGCUGAGCCACUGGCUUCCAAGACACUGAAGACCCGGCCCAAGAAGAAGACCUCUGGUGGGGGUGACUCAGCUUGAGGUCCAGACGCCCUGCCUUCUGCAGAGCCCCUGCUCCACACUGUGCCGUACCCGUGUGUUACAGGCCCCAGGGCCCCUCAGAUGGCUGUUUCUGGUGCCUGCCCAGUGGCUGCUUGUCUGGAAAGGCUUGGAAAAGAGGAGGGAAGCCCUGGGAGGGGGGGAGGGGCAGGUAGAAGGUAGAGGCUGGACCAGGAGCUGAGGACUGAGCCACCCAAGGAGGUGGAGGCUCCUCGGAGCCUGAACUGCCACUCUCCCCGCCCCAGCCCUGUUUGCCCACCCAGUGCCUUGCUGAAGACCACGGCCGUCUGCAUCUGCGUCUCUGAGGUCCUAACGUGCACUUGCUGCUGUCCCUGGGUUGGGGGGUGGGGGAGCAGUCACAGCCCAGGUGAGCCAGAGGUGGGGGAGGCGCCUAGAGGAGGGAGGGGGUGAGGAGGGCCUCAGGGAACCUGGGCAGGGGCUGCAGGCCACAGCUGUGAAUGGAGGACAGGGGCUGAGUGUGGGCUUAGUGACCAGGGUGGCCAGGCCAGAGCCUAGUUGGGGGCAUUGGAUGAACUGUGUGCCGCAUGGCCCCACUAAAAGGACAUGGGAUUCCAGGGGUGUGGGUGUGAGUGUGGGUGUGUUUUUGCGGGUCCGGGGCUGGGGGUUUGGGGUAAAGGACUUUCCCUCUCGCAGUGGUCUCUCCCUGUGAUCUCUCUCCACCCUCAGCCCUCCCUUCUAGUCUCUGAGCCUCAGAGGGGCCCAGCCCAUGAGGCAGAGGGACUCUGUGGGGCCUCUCACCUCCUCUGACCGCAGUCCUUUUUUGCCUCUUCCCAUUCCUUUCCUACCCCUGGACUAGACUCCUCUACCCCUCGGGGCCCACUGGAGAGGCCCCUGCUGAGACAGCUCCUUUCCUCCACACCAGGAGGCCCAUCCUUGCCCCCAGGUCUUCUUCCUAUGCCUAGUAGAUGGGGCCCCACGUGAGCAGAACCCUGCCAGAGCUCACCCAUUGCCCCACACCCUGCCCCAGCUUCCGCUGUGACUUCAGUCAGAGCCAGGAAUGUGUGAGGGGAAAAGAAACGCAGGAGCCAUGGUGCUCCCAAUUCACUGGAAGUAGAUACUCAUUCAACCUUUGGCACUGGACAAACCAAUAAACCAAACUCUG